CUCUGCAGCAUCAUCGGGAGCUACGGAGAGAUCAGAGAUAGCAGUUGCAGGUGAUCACAACACUUGCAAUUUGCAAGAGAGAGAGAGGGAGAGAGAGCUUUGCAAGGGACUAGGUAGUUAGCUUAUUAUACAUUUAGGUAGUGUGUGAUCACUGAUCAGUGAUCAACUCAAAACAGAAGCAGCAACAGCUAACAAUGGGCAAGCUGGCCUUGCUCAUCUGUGUGGCGCUCUUGUCGGCGGCAAUGGCGAACGGCACCAGGCCUGCCGCAGGGACCGUUGGCGGCGGCGGCGCUGCUCCUCCUGCUAGCCCUGUUGUCGCAACAACGCCGGCUACUGCUGGUGUAGUUAGGACGCCACCGGCGGCGGCCGCGGCGGACAGCAAGAGGAAGGUGCCCAACGGACCUGAUCCUAUUCAUAACAGGAGAGCCAGAUGGGGAGAAGCACCGUCGAAGAGAGUGUAGGGUGGCGACGAUGCAGCGCCGUACUAGCUAUACAGAAGCAAGCACAUUGAUGCUUAUGGAAUGGAGAAUGGAAGGUCCCAUAGGUCACUAUCUUG